AGUUAUUGCGCUGUUUGGAUACCGACUGUAACAACGAGACCACCGAGCAGGACGAGGCCACGCGCUGAACUCCAAUUUGGGGAACUAACGGGAUUUGUUUUUCCUGCGUGUUUCUCUCUGGAAAGUGAAGCAGGUUUGGAUUAGCUCUUCCUGUUCCAAAGUCGGAGGUUCCUUACGGGUUUUAUGUCGUGAUAAAGCCCGGCUCAUUGCGUGCUCUUGAUAACGCCGUAAGUAUGGAUACUCUCGCUCAAAGCGAUGCGGGAUUUCCUGCGGGAGCGCCGCACGGUUGCGGUCAGACGCGGUUAUUGGACAUUUCGGUUUGCUAGUGCGCACUGGUUAGCCCUGGAACUCGUCGUAAAACACUGGUUGGCUGGACUGAAUGCUCCUUUUCCUGCUAUUCUUCUCCUCUUCGCAGCGCUUCCUGCUUGUGGUGGCCACUGCGCUUAAUGGCUAAAAAUACAUAAAGAACUCCAAAUGGACAGCUGAACGUAGAGGGAACCGUCAUUUGGAAUACUCUGAAGUAUUUUACAACAAGCUUUGGGUAGUUUCAUUUUUGGUCUCUACACUUUGAGUCAUCCACAUCACAGCUCAACAGGUGGCAAUUUUGAAUGAGGGAAGAGGAGAGCUCAUUUGCCCAUAAUGAGGCGACUGAAGAGCCUCUUAAAUACAGGCUGGUGAAGUGAUAAUGUGCUCUGACCAUGUUGAGGAAACCACACAUCAAUGGAACGGAGAGAAACUCAGUGCUGACAGUGCUGCCUUUCUGAGCUCUGAAACACUCGUCGCCAUCACACAAAGUCAAUCUCUCAACCAACUGAUCCUGUGUUUUUCAAGUGGGGAGCUUUGCAUGUAAUGUCAAGACGAAUGAAAGAGACUCACCAUUCAGUCGUCUUUGAAUCCUCUUCUGUAGCCCACUUGUUGGUCAAGCUUUUGAACACAUUUCACUGGUCCCUGAUGAACCAACAAGAAAGACAGGAAAGGGAGCGAGGCGCAAUAAAGUACUUCUUUGUACUUUAUUUUCAAACCCUUUGGGUGCAAAAUCAGAUCCAGUCUAGACAUCUGCUUGAGGCUCCAUGGAGCCACUGAAGAACAUAUUCAGUCGCAGCCCGCUGUCCAACUGGAAGAAUUUGGAUCAAUCACAAAAAGGGAACUUCACCAACCCUGUGUGGACGGCCUUAUUCGACUAUGAGGCGUCCUGUAAAGACGAGCUCACCUUACGUAAGGGUGACCUGGUGGAAGUCCUAUCUCUGGACUCUGAGAUAUCAGGGGACGAGGGUUGGUGGGCGGGGAAGGUCAACAACAAGGUGGGCAUCUUCCCGUCCAACUACGGCUCCUUCAAGCCGACCGGGUAUGGGAAGCUCCCGGGCAGCGCUGUGGUCGGUGAGCUUAGCCCGGCCGUGGUUGCCCAGUUUGAACCCGACGUGCUGGAUUUCCGGGAGCUGAGCCUGGAGGAGGUCAUCGGGGUCGGGGGCUUUGGAAAGGUGUAUCGUGGUACAUGGAGGGGCCGGGAGGUGGCAGUGAAGGCGGCCCGGCAAGACCCGGACGAGGACAUCAGCGUGACGGCUCAGAACGUCAGACAGGAGGCGCGUUUGUUCGCCAUGCUUACACACCCGAACAUCAUCGCCCUGAAGGGCGUGUGCCUGGAGGAGCCCAACCUGUGCCUCAUCAUGGAGUACGCCUCAGGAGGGGCGCUGAGCCGGGCGCUGGCCGGGCGUCGCAUUCCGCCGCACGUCCUGGUCAACUGGGCCGUGCAGAUAGCCAGGGGGAUGUUGUACCUGCACAGCGAGGCCAUCGUCCCCGUCAUCCAUCGGGAUCUCAAGUCCAACAACAUCCUCCUGGCUCAGCCCAUAGAGAAUGAAUGUAUGGAGGGUCUGACGUUGAAGAUCACAGACUUCGGCCUGGCGAGGGAGUGGCACAAGACCACCAAGAUGAGCACCGCCGGCACCUACGCCUGGAUGGCCCCCGAGGUCAUCAAGUCCUCCACCUUCUCCAAGGGCAGCGACGUCUGGAGCUAUGGUGUUCUGCUGUGGGAGCUGCUAACAGGAGAGGCGCCCUACAAAGGGAUAGAUGGACUUGCUGUCGCCUACGGAGUCGCUGUCAACAAGCUGACCCUGCCCAUCCCCUCCACGUGCCCGGAACCCUUCGCUCAGCUCAUGUCAGAGUGCUGGGACCAGGACCCCCACCGCAGACCCAAUUUCAGCUCCAUCCUGGCCCAGCUCCUGGCCCUGGAGCAGCAGGUGAAGGAAGAGAUGCCGCAGGAGUCCUUCCACUCCCUGCAGGAGGACUGGAAACUUGAGAUCCAGGACAUGUUCGAUGAACUCCGGGCUAAAGAGAAGGAGCUGCGAUGCCGCGAGGAGGAGCUGAAGCGAGCGGCCCUGGAGCAGAAGUCCCACGAAGAGUUCCUGCGGCAGCGCGAGCAGCAGCUGGCCCAGUGGGAGCAGGACGUGUUUGAGCGCGAGCUCAGCCUCCUCAUCCUCCACCUGAACCAGAACCAGAACCAGGAGAAGCCCAACGUCAAGAAGAGGAAGGGCACCUUCAAGAAGCACAAGCUCAAGUGCAAAAACGGCGAGAAGAUCAGCAUGCCUCAAGAUUUCAUCCAUAAGAUCACGGUGCAGGCUUCCCCGGGCCUGGAGAAGAGGCGGAACUCUCCGGAUCUGGGUUCGGGCUCCUCGCCCUCCUACGGCCCACGUUUCCGUGCAAUCCAACUCAGUCCCAGUGACAACAGCAGGACGUUUGGUCUGAGCCCGGUCUGGCCCCUAGAGGCCACUUCUCAUAAACAAGCCAAUGGAGACCUGAGGGUGGGCCACCACUGGAGGCCCCAGAGCCCCAAAAGUCCCAAAAGCCCAAAAGUCAUACGCCUUAGUCCCCAGGAAAGCAGUCUGUCGAUGAGGGCCAAGCUCCUUGAAUCAGACAGCAAUGUGAGGGGGGAAUCCAAGGAUGACUUUGAGGAGUACAGACCCUCCGCGCCGACCCCUCCCCUGGCACAGAACGGCUCCUCAGUGAAGGACAGCCUGCGGCUUCCUCUACCUCAGCGAGACUCGGCCAGCGAGGAAGGGUGUUCCUCCCCGGCUGGCUCCCCCAGGCCAGAGAGGAGCCUCGGUGGGCUCGUUAAGAGCACCCACCAGGCCCUGUUGGGCGGGGGCUCCCUCCUGGCCUCCAUAGUACUAGGUCGCUGCCUGGAUAUUCCCCCAAGGGUGCCUCCUCGAACUAACCUCCCAUCCCUAGGGAGCCGCACCCCCUCCGAACCAGAGAUCUCUGCCCCUAUGCCCCUCAUUUCAGACCCCCCAGUGGUGGACGAUCUCAUCACCUUCUCCCCCUCCGAGCUGCUCCCCAGACCACUUUUGGAUUUAGCUCUGCAGUACCAAGAACUGAAGCCCUUGCCCCUGACGCCGCCUCCACCGAACCCCCGUGAGAGGAGCGGCCACCGGACGCCGCAGAUACCACACAGUCCGCAUUGCCCCCGGAACCCCCUACAGCACGGCAAGGCCAGCCCGGGGGAAUGGACCCCGAGUUCCCAUUCGACUAACGGGGAGCUGGGCUGUGAGGCCUGGGAGCACAAAGCUGACAGGAGGAGGAGGUCCAGCCAAGGCCUGCUAGCCUCUCAGCUAGUUUUGGACCUGCCCUUGUGCCAAGACACACAGGACUCUGAUGACAAGCCUUCGGUGUCCUCGUCUCUCCACCCAAACCCUGCCCUAUGGAGCCCCAAAACCCGCCGCCUGGAGGUCACCGUCAUCCCCGGCCCGCCCGUCCCCCAUCCGCCCCGCAUCGACCCCUGGAGCUUCAUCUCGGCAGGUGGCGCGAACUCAGGUGGUGGCCGCAGCCCACACCGCUUGGACGGCAACCCUCUGGGCUACCAACCCUCCCCUACCAACCCCUUCACCAACUGUGACCCCUUCCCCUCACCGGACUGCGACCCGUUCGCCCUCAAGGCUGACCCCUCGAGUGGCUCGGACGCUGCCUCCCCCUUCGACCCCUUCUCGGCACCCUUUCCCACCUCCCGUUCUGCCCCGUGCUCCCAUAACGGCUCACCCACACUACCCUCGUUCCGUAUAGCGCCCCUCAACCCGGCCGACUCGACCCUCAUCGACCUGGGCUGGCCGUCCUGCAGCAAGCCCCUGGAUGUCACCAAAGAGAGAGCUCACCCCCGCAAGACACUGGGGCUCAAGCCCUUCAAGUCCCCAACGCAACUCAGAGACGAUAGGUUCUAAACCUGUGCCAGUGGCAAGGCCGUGGUUUUUAUCACAGCAUCACAGUCCAGGACUCUUUUUACUGCUUUGUCCCACAUCUUAGCCAGGAUUUGGAAUCUUUUAAAAAAAACACACAGCCAUCACUGAACCCACAGAGGGAAGUUUCCCCCAAUGGGAGCCCCAAUCCUUGCAGGUCCUUUAUACGCCUGCCUGCUGUUCCGUAAACCGGAAAGCCGGUGAAAGGUGGUACAUUGGAUUGUGGGAUAGCUGCCUUUGAACCAAUAGCUGGUGCCCAUUUCAUUCUCCCUCUCUAUCUUGGUUUCUCUAUCCCUUUGAAGGAGCAGAACACAGAUCACUAGUCCCAUCUUCAGAUUCUAUCAGACCCCUCAUAUCACCUGCUUUCAUCACC